AUGAAUGUAUUGACUUACAAAUUGAAACAUGACCAAUACUACAAAGAUGUUAUCAUUGAUUUAGAUGCAGUACAACUAUUACCAGAGCACAACACUGACAUUUUAGAGCUUUUUCAUUCAGUACCUUCGCCUCAAGAAGAUUUUGUACAAGAUAUUCCUACUGUGGAAAAUAUUAACAAUGAAGAAGAAAUAAUAGAAAACUCUUCUUCAUUUAUUCCACAACUUCCAUCAUCAAUACGUGAACUUGAUGUCAUCAAAAAAAUCCUACUUCUAGAUAAUACCAACAACAAUGUUGUUCCUUGGCCACAAAUUAGUACAUCACCUGUCAAUGAGUACAAUAUAGAAGACCUACUUUUAAUGGCAUUCCCAACACUCUUCCCUAAUGGAAUGGCUUUACCACUACAAGACAGGGCAAGGCAUGUACAUUUACAUGAAUAUGCUUUGCACUUGAUCAAAUAUUAUGAUCAAAUAUUUGGACAGCAUGUCCGCUUUAGAUAUUAUAUCUACAACCUUAUGAUGAGGCAUCGAUCUGAACAAUCAGCUGUUGUUUUCAUUAAGACAAAUCUAGAAGAUUCUCUUCCACUCAGAAUUCAUGGUCUAAGAGAAUACUUGCAGAAAACACCCUCAAAUGAAUUACCAAAUCAUAUCAUGCGAUAUGUUGCCUCAUUGCGCGGUACACGUGCAUUUUGGAGAAAAUUCUAG